AUGAAAACUUUUGCUGCUUUUGUUGCAACGGCGACUGCAAGAUGGGACUUCGAGAGCUACAUCGUCAGACCUACAAUUAAGGAGCCAGACUUCGACCUCGAGACGCAGCCAAUGGAGGAGCUUGACUGCACCAACUACUUGAAGAAAAACUUGUGCACGGAACUCUACUGGGACCCAAUCUGUGGUACUGACGGCAAGUACAGAGCGAACCCCUGCAUCUUCAAAUCGGAAUACUGCUACGGAAACAAAGACCUCGAGUUUCUCCGACGGGGCACGGACUGUUCCGUCAACGAAAUGCUCCUAGACGUCGGCGAAGAGGAAGAAGAGGAAGAAAUCGAGGAGCCAGAAGAGCCAGAGUGCCGCAUUUACUGUCCUCGUAUUUACGAUCCCGUCUGCGGCGACAAUGGCGUUCUCUAUGACAAUGAGUGUCAGAUGAGACUCCAGAAUUGCCUAAACGGCAGUGAUGUACGCGAGCAAGUCGGCGCCAAUAGAAUGCUUGAUCAAGUCUGCCACGGCGGUGUCACUUAUGGCAAUCGAGACAUGUUUGUCCUGGCCAAAUGCGACGCUCAACGAGAGGGAGACAAGAACGCACGCGAUUGGGAAGCUACUGAUGGUGCGUGUGCGUUUACCCGUGCUCAACGUUGCGAAAAAGCCUGUCCUGCUAUCUUCGACCCGGUCUGCGGCUCCGACGGAAACAGAUACAGUAACGAGUGCGCUAUGGAAGUCACUGCUUGCUUCCAAGAUGAGAAGAUCACUCGUCUAAAUCCACCACAUCGAAUGUACGCUCCUGUCUGUGCUAGCAACGGCGAAGAGUACGCAAACGAUAUCGUUUUCCUCUGGGCCAAGUGCGAGGCUCAAGACAAUAGCGCCGAUACAUAUGAUCAAUCUGCUCAAACUUGGAGAAUCGUCUCACAAGGUCCAUGUGAAGCCGAAGAGGAAGAGGAAGAAGAAGAAGAAGACAAUGGCAUGCAAAUGGAUGUUGGAAUCCCUAAAUUGUGCCCUAGCUGUGGAACUUUCAGAAGUGAAGUCUGCGGCUCAGAUGGAGUAACCUACACCAACUCAUGCUUGAUGGACAAAGCUGCAUGCGAGCAAAACAUCCCUAUCGAAGUUGUCCACCCUGGCGGAUGCUGCCCGAAAUUCCAAACUCGUGACAUGAGAAUCGUCUGCGGUAGUGAUGGCAUAGAAUACACCAAUCUCAGCUUCCUCCAAAGUGCAUCUUGUGCAAAUGACUUUUCUAUUCGAUACGUGAAGGACGGUUCCUGUAACAACAACGGAAUGUUGAUGGAUACUGGCCUUGGAUUCGGCAAUGACUUUGUCGAGGAAGAAGAAGAGGAAAAGCCAAAAAAGAAACAAAAGAAACGACCAAACAGAUGGGGACUCCUUAAUCGAGGACGAAAGUAA